UUUCUUCUUUUCUUGCGGUUAUAACUUGACACUCACUCUCUCUCCCGCCGGCAAUCAAAGUUUUGUCUCUUCUUCUUCAACAGAAUCUCCUUCAAAAAAGAAAUGCAAAAUUCGAUUUCCUCUUUUAUAAACCCUAAUCUCAUAAUCUCUCCGUCUCAUUUAUAUUCUAUAUGGAUUCUCUGCUUCCCGCCAUUUCUGUCUUCUUGUUAUUCUCUAUAUUCGCAUUUACUCACUCUUCAACAAUCGGCGUCGGUUACAUUUCGCGCCUCCUCGAAAUUCAAGAACGCGAGCGAGCUUCUCCUUCAGUUCAGUUGGCCGCAGCUCGUGGGGUUCUUCAUAGGCUGCUUCCUUCUCAUUCUUCUGCUUUCGAGUUUCGAAUUAUCUCCAAGGAGCAAUGUGGAGGGCAGUCUUGCUUUAUAAUAGAAAACUAUCCUUUUUCUACUGGCCCUGUAACUCCAGAAAUUAUAAUUUCUGGGGUCAAUGGAAUGGAAGUAGUAGCUGGUCUGCAUUGGUAUUUGAAGUAUUGGUGUGGCUCACAUAUAUCUUGGGACAAAACUGGGGGUGCCCAACUAAAUUCAAUACCUAAAUUAGGCUCUCUGCCUCACGUUCAAGAUGCUGGUGUCUUGGUUCUAAGACCUAUUCCCUGGAAUUAUUAUCAGAAUGCUGUUACAUCAAGCUACACUUUUGCAUGGUGGGACUGGAAAAGAUGGGAAAAAGAAAUUGAUUGGAUGGCUCUACAAGGUAUCAACUUGCCAUUAGCCUUUACUGGGCAAGAAGCUAUUUGGCAAAAAGUUUUCAAGAAAUAUAAUUUAAGCAAGGUGGACUUGGAUGAUUUCUUUGGAGGCCCUGCAUUUCUUGCAUGGUCACGUAUGGGAAAUUUGCACAGAUGGGGCGGAUCACUACCACAAAGUUGGUUCUUUCAACAAUUAAUUCUGCAGAAGAAAAUACUUGCUAGAAUGUAUGAACUUGGAAUGAAUCCAGUCCUUCCAGCCUUCUCUGGAAAUGUUCCUGCAGCAUUAAGAAACAUAUUUCCAUCAGCAAAGAUAGCACGUUUAGGAAAUUGGUUCUCAGUUAAGAGUGAUCUUAGAUGGUGCUGCACCUAUCUUCUUGAUGCAACUGAUCCAUUAUUCAUUGAGAUUGGAAGAGCAUUCAUUGAGCAGCAAUUAGAAGAAUAUGGAAGCACAAGCCACAUAUACAACUGUGACACUUUUGAUGAGAAUACACCACCUGUCGAUGACCCAAAGUACAUUUCUGCGUUAGGUGCAGCAGUCUUUAAGGGAAUGCAAAGUGGUGAUAAUGAUGCUGUCUGGUUGAUGCAGGGUUGGCUGUUCUCUUAUGAUCCUUUCUGGAGACCUCCACAAAUGAAGGCACUUUUACAUUCUGUCCCAGUGGGGAGGUUGGUGGUCCUUGAUCUUUUUGCUGAAGUAAAACCCAUAUGGACUUCGUCAUAUCAGUUUUAUGGUGUCCCUUACAUCUGGUGUAUGCUACACAACUUUGCAGGAAAUGUAGAGAUGUAUGGGAUUUUAGAUUCAAUAGCUUCUGGACCAGUUGAAGCUCGUACAAGUGAAAACUCAACAAUGGUUGGUGUCGGAAUGUCAAUGGAGGGUAUAGAACAGAACCCUGUUGUUUAUGAUCUCAUGUCUGAAAUGGCAUUUCAACAUAAGAAAGUUGAUGUCAAGGCAUGGAUUAAUUUAUAUUCAACGAGGCGUUAUGGUCGAUCAGUACCAUCAAUACAAGAUGCGUGGGAUAUACUGUAUCACACAGUUUACAAUUGCACUGAUGGUGCCUACGACAAAAACAGGGAUGUCAUUGUAGCAUUUCCUGAUGUUAAUCCAUUCUAUUUCUCUGUAUCGCAAAAGAGGCAUCACCUCAAUGGCAAACCAGUAUCAAGAAGGGCAGUCCUGAAAGAAAAUUCUGAUUCAUAUGAUCAUCCUCACUUGUGGUACUCAACUUCUGAAGUGUUACAUGCAUUAGAACUUUUCAUUACAAGUGGGGAGGAACUAUCAGGGAGCAGCACUUACAGUUAUGAUUUGGUUGACCUGACAAGACAAGCGUUGGCAAAAUAUGGAAACGAGCUGUUCUUGAAGAUCAUAGAAUCCUACCAGGCAAAUGAUGGCAAUGGAGUUGCUAGCCGGAGUCAGAAGUUUCUGGAUCUCGUUGAAGACAUGGACACACUCUUAGGAUGCCAUGAAGGGUUUCUUCUAGGACCUUGGUUAGAGAGUGCAAAGCAACUUGCUCAAGAUCAAGAACAAGAAAAACAAUUUGAAUGGAAUGCAAGAACACAAAUAACUAUGUGGUUCGACAACACAGAGGAUGAAGCAAGUCUUCUUCAUGACUAUGGGAACAAGUACUGGAGCGGUCUUCUGCAGGAUUACUAUGGUCCCCGAGCAGCUAUAUAUUUCAAAUACUUGAUCAAGAGCUUGGAGAAUGGUAAGGUUUUCCCAUUAAAAGAUUGGAGGAGAGAGUGGAUAAAACUGACAAAUGAGUGGCAGAGGAGUAGAAAUAAAUUCCCAGUAAAAAGUAAUGGAAAUGCUCUGAUUAUAUCCAAGUGGCUCUAUGACAAGUACUUGCGGAACCCUGAUACAACAUACGAUCAUUAGUAAGAUCACAUUAUAACCGAACGUGAACUUUCUUGGAUAAUGCCAUAACUUGCUUACAAAUUAAAUAAAGUUUUUUAGAUACA